AUGGGCCGCGGUAGACCUGGACACUCGUCAGCCUUGUCAGGCUCGUUUAUGUCGUACAAUUUCACCGGAACGAACGUCUGGAUCUAUGGCACUGCAGAAGGGUGGGGGACGAGUGGAGAUUCUGGAUACAAUGUAUCGUGCGACCCGGUCGGGACAGCGGAAGGCUACGAAACCUUCGGAUCGCAAGAUAAUCUGCUGGGGGGAUGCCGCGGAAUGACAGAUGGAAACCAUUCGGUUCUUCUGUUCGUUCAAGGAGGAAAGAGUGUACAAAUCUGGAGCGUCACCACCGAGGCCAUUGCGGAAGGAUCCGGUGUAAGCUUGGACCUGGUCAACAUCACGCAGAAUGCGACUGCCGCGAUGGGUAGUAUCAACGAUCCCUUCACCGUUACAAUGGGAGAUUGGGAGACUCGAUCAACAAUGUAUGGCCCAGAAGGCAAGUACCACUACAUGACCCCAUCGUUCCCUUCUCCUCUCGUCAGAUACCCUAGGAUUCAGACAACCUUUCCCGGAUCCAGCGUAACCAUUGCCAUCCGCAACGAGUCGAGCGCAUUUUAUCUGUUCGGGACAGUCAACUACGAUCACGCGAACUAUAGCGUUCAAAUUGACGGCGGCCCCGAAUGGAUCGGGAACGCUUUCUCUUCGUGGGGAGACUAUGAUCAGAUUUUAUUCUAUUCACCCUUGGAUCCGACCGUGCCGCAUAGCAUAGAAGUGACCAACCUCGGAAAGGAUAAUUCCACUUCAUUCGAGGUAUCCCGAAUCGUAACCACAUGGGUCAAAUCUAAUGCCUAUAUCGACUAUUCAGGUCGCAAUGGGCUCGCGCUUUCCGCCGGCCGGAUCGCUGGGAUCUCCAUCGGCGGAAUCCUUGGUCUGGCUCUCGCCGUGGCCCUCAUGUACCUCCUGUUCAAGCGCAGGAAGAACAAUGCCAAGAAGAAGGAACGGGCGGCGUGGGGACCGGUCGAUUUGACCGACGAACAGCUCGCAGAGUUUCCAAAGCAAGGGAGAUAUACCGCCUUGUCACAGGUACAACCGUAUCUCGUUCCCGCGGCUCUCGAACACGCGGCUCCUCAACAGAGCAGCAAGGGAUCUAGACCGGGAUCUCAGGCCGCUCAGGCCAUUGAGGCGGCUGCAGAUCCGGCUGCAGGUUACGACCCGACGGUUCUACAUAAUCCAUUGAUCAGAGCCGAUGCCGACGUGAUCAGCCCUGCACAAGGAGGAGCUGCAGUCUGCUCUGAUCUCCCCGUCACGCAAGAGACGGAUGCUGGGCCACUGCAGCCUGAAGUCAUUCCUCCACGAUACAACGAGAAGUGGGCGCGACGAAGAGCUUGA